AAGCUUGACUUCUGGAUUGAACCUGCCAAACCUGAUAUACCAGUUGAUGUCCGAGUUCCCUUCACAAGUCUUCAGUCUGUGAAGGCCUAUCUGGAAUACAACAACAUUGACUACUCCAUCAUGAUAGAAGACCUGCAGCAAGUGAUCGACAAAGAAAAAGAAGAAAUGGAAAGCAAUGAAAGAAAGGAACGCAACUCUGGCUCUUUUAACUUUGGCGCUUAUCACACCUUGGAUACUAUAAACGUUGCCAUUGACCUAAUUUUAGCAGAUUACAGAGCAAUUGUCAGCAAACAACAGAUUGGUAACUCAUAUGAAGGGCGUCCUCUCAAUGUUCUUAAGUUCAGCACUGGAGCCGGCCACCCUGCCAUUUGGAUAGAUGCUGGUAUUCAUUCACGUGAGUGGGUAACUCAAGCUACUGCCCUGUGGACUGCACAUAAGCUUGCUUCUGACUAUGGAAAGGACGCAUCUGUUACCUCUUUGUUGGAUAAUUAUGAUGUCUUCCUUAUGGUUGUCACCAAUCCUGAUGGAUAUGUCUACUCUCACUCAACUAACCGUAUGUGGCGUAAAACCCGUUCCAUCAAUAAAGGCAGCACAUGUACAGGUGUUGACCCCAACAGAAACUGGGAUGCAGGCUUUGGAGGGCCAGGAGCCGACGCUAGCCCCUGUUCUGAUGCAUACCAUGGACCCAGUGCAGAAUCAGAGGUGGAAGUAAAGUCUAUUGCCAACUUUGUUAGGAGUCAUGGAAACGUCAAAGGAUUUAUAAGCAUCCACAGCUACUCUCAGCUUCUGCUAUUCCCUUACGGAUACAAGUGCACCAAUCCUGCUCACUACGCCGAGCUGAACACAGUUGGUCACGCUGCUGCUAACGCACUGAGAUCUCUCUAUGGCACCCAGUACAAAGUUGGAACAAUCUGCUCCACUAUCUAUCAAGCUAGUGGAGGAAGUAUUGACUGGACCUAUGAUAUUGGAAUUAAGUAUUCAUUUGCUUUUGAGUUGAGAGAUACAGGGCGCUAUGGCUUCUUGCUUCCAGCAUCUCAGAUCCUACCAACUGCACAGGAGACCUAUCUGGGUCUUAAAACAAUUCUGGAGCAUAUUCAUGAUAACCCUUAUUAA